AUGGGACGGUUCGGGCUUGGUCCUGAAUCGGUCCAAGGUGUUAAAAGUGCAGGUGUUAAAUCAUGUGAAUUAUGUAAAUUUGAAUUUAUAAUGCAUGCUGAAAUUAAACCAUUUAAACAGUGGCAAAAAUUGGACAUGAAUGUUGUAGAGCGUCGUAAAAUAAUGUGCUCUGUUGCAUUUAAUUUGAUAGCUGUGACAUGUGUUCUAUGGUCAUCACACGUUCUCAUUGACAAAACAAGAGAAGAAGUUAAACUAAGAAAAUUAGGUUAG